AUGUCAAACGAAAUCCUCGUAACCGGCGCCGCUGGCUUCGUCGGCCAGGCCCUCGUCUCCGCCCUCAUCCAAUCCGACCCCUCAACAACCCUGACAAUCACCGAUGUAGUCGUACCUCCCAUCCCCGCCGACGUGGCAGGGGAGGAUAGCAGCAAAAUCAAGUCCCUCAAAGCCGACCUCACCGACCCGGACGCGGUGAGCUCUCUCCUCUCGAAGCAGUUCUCCGCCGUCUACCUCCUGCACGGCCUCAUGUCCGGCGGCGCGGAAGCGAACCUCGACCUGGGCCUCAAAGUCAACCUCGACUCGGUCCGCGCCGUCCUCGACCACCUCCGGAAGAAUUACCCGGGCACCACGGUCGUCUUCACCAGCUCGUGCGCCGUGUACGGCCCGCGCCAGCCCGUCAUCGAGAGCGAGACGGUGCCCAAGCCGCGGACGUCGUACGGGACGGAGAAGCUCAUUGUCGAGCUGCUGGUGGAGGACUUUUCGCGACGGGGGCUCAUUGACGGGCGCAUCGUGCGCCUUCCGACGGUGACGGUGCGUCCUGGCGCGCCGUCUGCGGCGGCGUCGAGUUUCGCGUCGGGUAUCGUUCGCGAGUCUCUCAAGGGCAUCAAGAAUGUGUUGCCUGUGGGUCGUGAUCUCGAGGUUUGGGUCUGUAGCCCCGCUACGGUUGUGAAGAACCUGGUCAAGGUCAAGGACGUGCCAAAAGACAAGUUUGGAGAAUCGAGAAUCGUGAACCUCCCCGGCAUCACCGUCACAGUGCAGGAGAUUCUUGACGCGGUGGAAAAGGUUGGCGGUAAGGAGGCACUGGCCCUGAUCGAAGAAAAGAGAGACCCUGCCGUCUUGGCUAUUGUAGAGACGUGGGCGGCUCGAUUCGAUGUGAGCAGGGCGUAUAGCUUGGGCUUGGAACCUGACGGAACAAUUUUGGAAGCUGUGGAGGCAUUUGCAAAGACCCUGAAGGCAUGA